CGGAUCCAGUAGUGGUCACAGUUCGGGGUACAGCAGUUCUGGGUCUGGUUCAGGAUCCUCCUUGGCACCUUGUGCACAGUGUGGAAGAGGACAUUCAGGACCUUGUUUGAUGGGAUCAGGAGUAUGCUUCAGGUGUGGCCAACCGGGUCACUUUGCUAGAGAAUGCCCCGUGUUCAGCGAGCCACAGAUGGGGUCACAAGGUUCUGUUGUGAAUGUUCCUCGACAAUUGUAUCCGGGUGCUUCCAACAUGGCAGGCAGUCAGUUCAGUGGCCAACAUGGCCGAGGACAAGGGGGACGUGGAUUUGGAGGCAGAUCAGGAGGUAGAAGUCAGUAUCAGGGUUCUGCCACUCAGGGUAGGGGUCAAGCUCGAGUUUUCACCCUGACCCACCAGGAUGCUCAGGCUUCCAAUGCAGUUGUGGCAGGUGAGCCGGGACAGCCUUCUUCCUCCGCCCAGCCGCCUCAGUGACCAUCGUCAAGUCUGUGAGUAGAAUAUUAAUUUUAAUUGUAAUUUCGAUAUUAUUAUAUGUUCAAGCAUGCCCAUGCAUCACUUAUAUGUAUAUAUUUAUGUAGUUAAACUCUAGGCACGAUUUAUGUUGCAUUCAUAACUGUUGAUGUGCCAUGGAUGUUGUUGUGGUAAUUUGGAGCAGUGUGCGUGCGUUGGCGUGCGUGUGAUGUGGUGUGGACUAUGGAUAGGACGGGGUAGUCACGGCUUGAGUAAUUCGCUGGGACCCGAUCCUUCGAGGGGUAGUCACGGCUUGAGUAAUUCGCUGGGACCCUCGAUUUGGUUAUUAAGUGGAAGUCCGAGCUUGAGUAAUUCGCUGGCACCAGGUUGGAUUUAAGAGAGCUGUAUAGGGGAUCAGCUCCCAUAUGUUAUGAUUGAUACUACAGGGUGUGUGAGUGCUCCAAAUUACCUUUUUGAUGUUAUGAUGUGAAAAUGUUGUUGAUGUUGCAUUUCACUCUACAGGGUGCAUUAGUUCUAGAUAGUUAUAGAGAUUAUGGUUAAAAUUGAUAUUUUACUCUCUGAGUCGAACGCUCACUCCUGUUCAAAAAUUUUUACAGGCCACAGGAGGAUAUUUUUUGAGGUUAACCUGCUUUCUCCCUCGCAGGUCAAUUAUUACUGUUUGUAUAAACUUGUUAAAUCUUAGAAUUUUCGCAUGUGUUAGAAAUGUUUAUUUGAUUUGGGUCUGUAAACUAAAUUAUUAUUUUGGGACCUGUAAA